AUGAAAAACCUAAACCUCUUCCGUGAGGUUCCUUUCAUUCUCCGAUUAACCUCCGACGACGAAACUUUUCGAUUCGCCGCCUUAGAUAUCGAACGCAACCGUCUCUUCUUCCUCUCGUCCCACAAUUUCAUCUACACUUACCAUCUAUCUUCCUUCCAUGAUAAAGAAGCUUGGAGUAAUGCCUCAUUGUUAUCUACGGAUUAUGGCAGCGUUGAUCUCGAACCCGAUGACAGUGUUACUUCUUUUGAUUAUCUUAUGGAGAAAGAAGCGCUUCUUCUUGGAACUUCCAACGGGCUUUUAUUGCUUUAUGAUGUUGACGCUAACACAACUCAAGUUGUUGGUAACUUGGAUGGUGGUGUCAACUGCAUUUCCCUUAGUCCUGAUGGUGAACUUCUUGCUAUAAUUACUGGUUUUGGUCAGAUUUUGGUUAUGACUCAUGAUUGGGAUUUGUUGUAUGAAACACCACUUGUUGUUGAUGAUGAUGUUCCUCAAGGCCAUCACGUAAAUGGAGAAAACUUUUUGGAGGGUGGGUUUGAGCAACAUCCGAUAUCUUGGCGAGGAGAUGGAAAGUACUUUGCUACGAUGAGCGUGUGUAGUUCUACUUUUUUGCGGAAACUUAAGGUUUGGGAUCGAGAUUCAGGGGCAUUGCUUGCUUCUUCGGAUGAAAAAACUUUUGCUGGAGCAGUUUUGGAGUGGAUGCCCAGUGGUGCUAAAAUUGCAGCUGUAUAUGACAGAAAAGCUGAAAAUGAAUGCCCUUCAAUUGUUUUCUUUGAGAGGAAUGGUUUGGAAAGAAGCAAGUUUAGUGUUGGUGAAGGAGUUAAUGCAAAAGUAAAAUUUCUGAAGUGGAAUUGCAGUUCUGAUCUUCUUGCGGGUGUUGUAGAAUGCGAAAGUUAUGAUGCUAUAAAGAUAUGGUAUUUUAGCAACAAUCAUUGGUACGUGAAGCAUGAAAUUAGAUACUUGAAGCAAGAUGAAGUCAGGUUCAUAUGGAAUCAAGAAAAACCUUUGCAGUUGAUUUGUUGGACUCUUGGUGGUCAGGUUACAGUUUACAACUUUGUUUGGAUCACAGCUGUUAUGGACAAUUCCGUUGCACUAGUCAUUGAUGGCUCCAAUAUUCACGUAACACCACUUUCCUUAUCUUUAAUGCCACCUCCUAUGUAUUUAUUUAGUCUAAAAUUUUCUUCCCAUGUACGGGGUAUGGCUGUAUAUUGUAAAAACUCCAAGAACAAGUUAGCUGCAUUUCUUUCGGAUGGUAGUUUAUGUGUUGUAGAGCUUCCAUCAAUUGAAACCUGGGAAGAACUAGAGGGGAAAGAAUUCAGUGUUGAAGCCUCUCAUACUGAAAUGGUGUUCGGAUCCAUAUUACAUCUUGUAUGGUUGGAUUCACAUAAGCUGUUAUCUGUUUCACAUUAUGGUUUUAGUCACAGCAAUGACUUAUUCCAAACAUCACUCAAUAAGGAUGCACUUCCAGGCUUCUUUUUGCAGGAAAUAGAACUUGAAUGUUCUGAGGAUAUUGUUCCAGGAUUGCUGACAUGUUCUGGCUGGCACGCAACAGUUUCAAAACAAAAUACCCUUAAAGAGCUUGUUAUUGGCAUUGCUCCAAACCCUGCUAGUAAAUCUUCAGCAUUUAUGCAGUUUUCUGAGGGUAAAAUCAAAGAGUAUUUAUCAAAAGUGGGCACUGGUGGUGGAUCUCUAGAGCAAGAAUUUCAAGGAUUUUCCGUAGUCUGCCCUUGGAUGGGUGUAGCGUUGAUCGGAAGUGUUGGCCAGUCAAAACCAGUGCUUUUUGGACUGGAUGAGAUUGGCAGAUUGCAUACUAGCGGGGGUAUAGUGGUUUGCAACAACUGCAGCAGUUUUUCAUUUUACUCAAAUUUGGCAGACCAAGUAAUAACACAUCUAAUUCUUGCAACUAAGCAAGAUCUUCUUUUUAUUGUUGACAUUGUUGAUAUAUUUAAUGGGGAGCUUGACUUAAAGUAUGGAAAUUUCGUCCGCAGUAACAGCAGAAAAAAGGAAGAAAAUGAAAACUACAUACAUAUAUGGGAGAGAGGUGCUAAAAUUGUUGGGGUUUUACAUGGAGAUGAAGCUGCCACUAUAGUGCAAACUACUCGAGGAAACCUAGAAUGUAUAUACCCUAGAAAAUUGGUUCUGGUUUCUAUCAUUAAUGCCUUAACUCAAAAGCGAUUUAGAGAUGCGUUCCUCAUGGUCAGGAGGCAUAGGAUAGAUUUCAAUGUAAUUGUUGAUUAUUGUGGCUGGCAAGCAUUUUCACAAUCUGCUUUUGAAUUUGUCAGGCAGGUCAACAAUCUGGGUUACAUAACUGAGUUUGUUUGUUCCAUAAAGAAUGAAAAUGUUAUAGAGAAACUCUACAAAAAUCAUGUGUCCGUUCCCUGUUCAGAGGUUGCUAAUGUUAUGCUAGCUGGAGCCCUUGAAAAUUGUAAUGCUGAUAACAAGGUUUCUUCGAUUUUGAUGGCCAUAAGGAAAGCACUUGAGGAACACUUUACAGAAAGUCCUGCAAGGGAGCUUUGCAUAUUAACCACUCUUGCUCGGAGUGAGCCUCCGUUACUUGAAGAUGCUCUAAAGAGAAUAAAAGCCAUUCGUGAAAAGGAGUUGUCUCAUGCUGAUGAUCAUAUGAGGAUGUCUUACCCUUCUGCUGAAGAAGCUUUGAAACAUCUGUUGUGGUUGGCCGACGGGGAUGCUGUCUAUGAUGCUGCUUUGGGUCUUUAUGAUUUAAAACUCACAGCUAUUGUGGCAUUGAAUGCCCAAAAAGAUCCAAAAGAAUUUCUUCCUUUCUUGCAAGAGUUGGAGCGUAUGCCUACACAAUUAAUGCAAUAUAAUAUCGACCUUAGGCUGAAAAGGUUUGAAAAGGCUCUCAGACAUAUUGUUUCUGCUGGAGAUUCAUAUUAUGAUGAUUGUAUGGCACUUGUGAAUAAAAACCCUCAACUUUUUCCAUUGGCUCUUCAACUUUUUACUGACCCUGCCAAAAGGAUGCCAUUCCUAGAGGCUUGGGGUGAUUAUCUUAGUGAUGAAAAGUACUUUGAAGAGGCUGCAACAAUUUACUUGUCCUGUUUCAAUUUGGACAAGGCUCUGAAGUCUUAUCGUGCUAUUAAUAACUGGAGUGGAGUGCUUACAGUUGCUGGGUUCCUUAAUCUGGGAAAGGACGAAGUACUGGAUCUUGCUGGUGAACUUUGUGAACAACUUCAAGCGCUUGGUAAACCUGGCGAAGCUGCCAAAAUUGCGCUGGACUACUGUGGAGAUGUUAACUCUGGUGUGAAUUUAUUAAUUUCUGCAAGAGAUUGGGAGGAGGCUUUGAGGGUUGUUUUAAUGCAUAGAAGAGAGGACUUAAUUAAAAGCGUAAAGGAUGCAUCUAUUGAAUGUGCAAGCACACUCACCAAUGAAUAUGAGGAAGGCUUAGAGAAAGUGGGGAAGUACUUGACCCGUUACUUGGCUGUUCGACAGAGAAGAUUACUUCUUUCAGCCAAGCUCCAGUCAGAGGAACGUGCUGCUAGUGAUCUGGAUGAUGAUGCUGCUUCAGAAGCUAGCAGUAAUUUUAGUGGAAUGAGUGCAUACACCACAGGAACCCGGAAAAGUUCUGCCAUUUCUACUAUUUCAGCUGCAACUACCAGGGCAAGAGAGGCUAGGCGUCAGAGGAAGAGAGGAAAAAUCCGUCCUGGGAGUGCUGGUGAGGAGUUGGCCUUGGUGGAUCAUUUGAAAGGCAUGUCUCUGAGAGUGGAAUCAAGACGAGAGCUGAAAUCUUUGUUGGUUUCCCUUAUGAUGUUUGGGGAGGGUGAAACAGCAAGGAAGCUACAGCAAAUGGGUGAAAACUUUCAAUUGUCUCAGAUGGCAGCAGUCAGAUUAGCUGAGGAGACAAUAUCAACUGAGACCAUAAAUGAGUAUGCACACACUUUGGAGCAAUAUACCCGAAAAGUCAGGGAUGAAAUGCACAAUUCUGAAGAUUUGUCGUGGCGGUUGAAAGUUUUUUUGGCACAUGAGUAA